AUGAGCAGCCCUGUGCAGCAGUGCAGGCCCCACAGCCCGGACGCCACCAGCCAGCACCCCGCCAGCGAGCUCUCACUCCUGGAGCCGGCCCACGAGGACCUGCCGGAUGUGGACGUGGACGUGGACGUGGACGUGCCGCUCAGGGCCCUGCCCUGCCCCAUGCGGCAGAAGCGCAGGCUGCUGCAGGCGUCCAGGGAGAAAGCCCCGUCCGGCUGGGUGCCCUGGGGACCAAGCCCCCACAGGACCCUGCAGCGGUGCCGGGAGGGGCUGCAGCGCCUGGUGGGGCUCUGCCAGCUCUGGAAGGCUGCUCUGGACCAGAUCGAGGGGAAGUUUGGCACCGGGGUGCGGUCCUAUUUCUCGUUCCUGCGGUUCCUGCUCUGCCUCAACCUCCUGCCCCUGCUGCUGACUGCGGGGUCUGUGCUGGUGCCUCUUGGCUGGCUCCGGGGGCAGGCAGCUCUGCCCGGGUGCCAGGCUGCGGGCCUCCCGUGCCUGAACGCCAGCCACGGGGACAGGCCUUCGGCCAUCUGGCAUCAUCUCCAUGACCUCUUCUCGGGCAAGGGCUUUCUGGAGUGCUCCUACCUGUUCUACGGCUACUACCAAGUGGGUGAGGAGGACAGAGCCUGGUACAUCGUUCGCCUGGCCUACCUGCUCAACUCCCUGGGCUACCUGCUGCUCUGCUUCCUCUGGAUCCUCCGCCGGUCGGUGAAAGGGCUGGUGCGGCAGCAGGUGCUGAGCCGGGCGUACCGGCCAUGCCGGGGCACCCACAUCUUCAGUGAGUGGGACUUCUGCAUCCACAGCCUGGGCACCGCAGCCAUCAAGCACCAGAGCUUCUGCAAUGAGCUGAAGCCCCCCCAUCCAUGGCGGCAGAUGGAGCUGGCAGAGGAGAGGCGUCACCUGGAGAAUCAGCGCCGGACCCGGUGGCAGCGCAGCCUCACCUACCUGGUGCAUCUGCUGGUCAACCUCGGUGUCCUGCUACUCAUGGCUGUGGCCUUCUACUGCAUCCACCAAGUCACGGCCUUCUCCCAGGCCUCUGACGCCAGUGUGGUGACUCAAUACCUGCCGUCCAUCACCAUCUCCCUCCUCAACCUCCUGCUGCCCUGGGUCUUCCACAUGCUGGUCCAGGCUGAGUGCUACUCCCCGCAUAUGGAGGUCAACCUCACCCUCAUCAGGUGCGUGACUCUGCGGCUGGGCAGCCUGGGCAUGGUCCUCUUCUCCCUGCGGCACACGUUGUGCCUGGAGAACAGCAACAGCAAUGACACCUGCCAGGCCUGCCGCCCCCAGUGCUGGGAGAACGUGGUCGGCCAGGAGAUGUACAAGCUAACCGUCUUCAGCUUCCUCAUCACCCUCGGGGACACCUUCCUCAUCAGCCUACCCAGGAGGCGCAUCGCGGAGCGGGUACAACAUGCCUGGCUGCAGAAAGAGGAGUUCCUUGUCCCCCAGAACAUCCUGGGCACAGUGGCCGCGCAGACCGUGGUCUGGCUGGGCAUCUUCUACUGCCCCCUGCUCCCUUUGCUCAAUGGGACCUUCAUCUUCCUCACCUUCUACCUCAAGAAGUACACGGUGCUCCAGAACUGCCGGCCGGCCAAGAGGCUCUUCCGCGCCUCGAGCUCCACCUUCUUCUUCCAGUUCGUGCUGCUGCUGGGCCUGGCCAUGGCCGCAGGCUCCCUCACCUAUGCCAUCACUCGAAUCCGUCCCUCCAAGACCUGUGGCCUCUUUGCCAACUACUCGGCUGCCUGGAAGGUAGUGCCCAAGGCUGUGGAAACCCGCUUGCCCCAUGCGGCCCAGCAAGUCCUGAACUACCUCACCUCCGACGCCUUCAGCUGCCCGUUCAUCAUCCUGCUCAGCCUCAUCCUCACCAUGUGCGUGUCCCAGGCCCGGGUGAACAAACAGGCCAUCAAGGAGCUCAAGAGGCAGCUGAUGCAGGUGUUCGCGCUCGUCGUCUUCUCCUGCAUCAUCGGCGAGGGCUACACCAACAAGCCGCACUCCUCCGAGCUCUUCUGUGUCUUCAACCACAACCAGGACGCCUGCCGUUACGGCGUUGGUAUUGGCGUCCUCGGCUUCCUGGCUUGCGUCUUCUUCCUCCUGGUCGACUUCUACUUCCCCCAGAUCAGCAACGUCACGGAUCGCAAGUACCUGGUCCUGGCCGACCUCGCCUUCUCAGGGAUCUGGACCUUCCUGUGGUUCGUCGGCUUCUGCUUCCUGACCAACCAGUGGGCCUGGACAGAACCCGCCGAUGUGCUCGUGGGCAGCGACUCGGCCCGCGCCGCCAUCGUCUUCAGCUUCUUCUCCGUGUUCUCCUGGGCCUUCCUGAUCGCCUGCGCCUUCCGGAGGUACCAGAUGGGUGUGGAUGACUUUGCCCAGAGCUACGUGGACCCUACCCCAGACCCGUCCACUCCCUACUCCAGCUACCCCAACGUCAGCCAGGACAGCUACCAGCAGCCACCUUUCACCCAGGCCGGGGAGGGCACGGAGGGCUACCAGCCCCCACCUACAUACUGAGCCUGGGCUGCUGAAGUGUCUGCAAGUGCAAUUCUUUCUGCAGGGGGGGUGGGAUGGGGGUGGCUGCUGCUUUACGUGGGGGCACCGGGGCUCUGCUGCUUGUGUGCCCGAGGAGAGGUUGCCCAGCCUCUGCACUGGGGUGGGACUCUCCAAAGCUCAGGGAUGGGCUGCUGGGUGGGGUGGUGGGUGGUGACUUGAGAGCCAAGCUCAAGCCUGUGGUGAGGAGGGGCUGGCUGCCCCUGUCCCUCUUUGUUCCCUUCCCUCCUUUGCUGUGCUGGGGUGGGGUGGGGGAAUGGCUGCCUUCCCCUCCCCACGGCAUGUCGUCUUGUCUCUUGAGAGCUUAAUGGAGCCCCAGCCCUGGCCUCAUGUGUGGCAGCACCAAGUGCCUAUAGGCAUGGGGCAGCCCCAGCCCUGGUGCCUUUAGCUCCCUGUAGCACUGCCUUUAGCUCCCUGUAGCACUGCCUUCACACUCCUGCGGGAAGUGUCUUAUUGUCCGGCCCCACCUGGCUGGGGGUGAGGGGGGUUCUGGUAUUUGGCCAGCAGAGCCCAAGUGGAGCUACAAAGCUGCCUGGAGCUGUGAGGGGUCCUGCGCCUUCUUCCCUUCCCUCAGCUGCUGCUGGUGGGCUCGGUGCCAAAGCCGUGUUAAACUCUCCGGCUGAACACAGGCUGCGACUUUGGCCUGGCCGCGCUCCCUUCGGAUCAGAACCAGGGUUUCCAGCAUUCGGGGGUGGGAGGGAAGCCUGGUCUCCUGGGGCUGCAGCUGCUACGGAGGUGACCCAGAGCAGGGUGCUCGGCAUACGGCCCUCUGCUCUUGACCUGGCUUUCCUACUGCGCAGCCUGCGCCAGGCAGAACCAACCUGUCCGUGUGCCUUCGGGCAUUGUGGGGCUUGGCAAAGCCUGCUGUUCUCUGCUUCUCUGGGCUGGAGCGGUGCCCCUUGUGCUCAGCUGCUGCCAGGUGGCUGUGCUUGUUCUCCGGAGCGCACCUGUUGUUGUGUGAACUGUUUCUGCUGCGGCACUUGUACCCCAGGCCCAGGCUGAGUGUUUGAAAUGUAUGUUAUCACGGUGUGGAGAUGGAAUAAACUUUUUCACUCAG